UUUGACCCUGCCCCCGCACCAUAGCUAGCCAAAACAGAAAAUGGCGUCAGCUGAGUCCCAGCCGCGGUUUGGCCAGUCUGUCAAAGGCUUACUAUCCGAUAAAGUGGGCUCCUGUAGCGGGGAUGUGAUCGCACUGACCCGUCAAGUGCUGAAGGGAUCGCGGAGUCAGGAGCUCCUUGGUCAAGCAGCGAGAAAUAUGGUCAUUCAGGAGGACGCCAUCCUGCAUUCUGAGGAUAGUCUCAGAAAGAUGUCCAUCAUCACCACACAUUUACAGUACCAGCAGGAGGCCAUCCAGAAGAAUGUGGAGCACUCUAAAAACCUCCAGGACCAGCUGAGACACCUGCUAAAGUGAGCAGAAGAGGAGGCAUCUUCCCCCCCGACCCUGUGUCAACCACCAGGGGCUCAGCACCCAGCAGGAGGGUUUAAUGAGGGAUAAUCGGCCAUCUUUUUUACCUUGUAACACACUGGGGGCCCGUGCAGCGGGGACAGGAAGUGAUGCGCUGCUCUGCCAUGCAAAGACCUUGGACAUUUUUCUAUUGAGUUAUGUUAAAGAGUUUGAUUAAUUUAUGAAAUAUCUUGUCUGUAUCAUCUUGUCUCCUUGGAAUACUGCCCUGGGAGUCAAGUCAAACAGCACGUAACUGUGUGAGUGGUCAAAUGCAAACGUGAAGACCAGGUGGAAUCUAGAGAGAGCUUUAUUAAAGCAUAACUUCUCUAAUAAAUGUGCAUGGGAGGCACUUUUUCAAUG